AGCACACUGUAAGGCAUCCAGCCCUGCUAAAGCUAGAAACUUACUUUAACCAGUUCUCUUGCCCCCCUCCCUGUUAUUUUGUAAAUACUACAUUUUCUCAGCAUUUAAUGAGAUUGCAAUGCAUUCUGGUGUACUUUUUUGAGUCAUUUCUCUUUCUACUCAAAACAGAGAAACCCCAUUUCCUGACUUGCUGAAGAUUUAUCAUCUGAACAUUGCUGAGAAAUUUCCACGGAGGUUUUGUCUUUGUUUUUUUUUUUUUUAGGUUAAUCUAUAAUUUGAGAGACGAUGGCUGAAUACAAGAAAAUUGUUCUUCUAAAAGGAUUAGAAAGCAUGGAGGACUAUCAGUUUAGGACAGUCAAGUCCUUACUAAGAAAAGAACUAAAACUUACUAAAAAAUUGCAAGAAGAUUAUGAUAGGAUUCAGCUGGCGGACUGGAUGGAGGACAAGUUCCCCAAAUAUGCUGGACUAGACAAACUGAUAAAAGUGUGUGAGCACAUAAAAGAUCUUAAAGACCUUGCUAAAAAACUUAAAACCGAGAAGGCAAAAGUUCAAAAGAAAAAGCAAGGAAAAUGCAAAACGGCUGUGAAAAAAAAAGGUCAAGAUGAACUCAGUUCCUCCGAAUCUCUUUUCAUCAAUAAAGAAUCAUACAAGAGUGUACCGUCUUCAAAGGUAAAGUGGCUACUCUCCCACCAAUAGUUUGCUACUCAUGUUCUUCUCCUUGUUAAUUCUUUAAGAAGAUUUAAUACUCUAUCUAGUCUGAGACCCUAGUGAGAACAGGGUUCAAGUCAAUACAUAUAUAGUAACCUGUCACUCAUUUGGUUUCAGAUUUACUAUGUGGUCUAAUUUGUGCAGUUUAAGCCUCAGUGAUGCAGACAUCAAAUCUUUACACAGAUUUUCAAAGACAAUUACUGUAAAGUGUCUGUUUGGGAUGUGGUUUCUAAAAUGACAAAACCUAAAUAUGGAAGUUGUCAUUCUACAUCUGAUGCUGUUCUGCUGGGGAUAAGUUGAGUGACAUUAAUGCAUUGUUUCUACUACUCUAUAAGGCAAUUCUCUAUCUCUUGAUUAGGGUUUCUAUUGCCGUGAAGAAACACCAUGUCUAGGUCCACACUUAUAAAAGAACACAUUUCAUUGGGACUGGCUUACAUACAGAGCUUUAGUCCAUUAUUGUCAUGGUGGGGAGCAUGGCAGAGUGCAGGCAUAAUGCUGGAGAGGAGAUGAGAGUUCUAUAUAUCCACAAGCAGCAGGAAGAACGAAGUAACACUGGGCUUGCCUUGAACAUGUGAAACCUUUAAGCUAACUCCCAGUGACCCACUUCAUAAAAGCACAACAAUCCAACCAGGCCACACUUCCUAAGAGUGCCACUCUGUGGUGGGCAACCAUUCAAAUCUAUGAGUUUGUAGGAGCCAUUAAAAAAUCAGAUUUACUAAUUUUAUCUAUGAGUAAACCAUUGCUGUCUUCAGAAGAGGAAGUUAGAUUCCAUUACAGAUGGCUGUGAGCCACCAUGUGGUUGCUGGGAAUUGAACUCAGGUCCUCUGGAAGAGCAGUCAGUGCUCUUAACCACUGAGCCAUCUCUACAGCCCAUAGGAGUCAUUCUUAUUCAAACUACUACACAAUGCAAUUCAUCUGUAAAGAAUGAGGUAUGUAGCAAGCAGUGGUUGCUCAUAACUUUAAUCUCAGCAAUUGGGAGGCAGAGGCAGGGGUAUUUCUGAGUUCAAGGCCAUGCUGGUCUACAGAGUGAGUUCCAGGACAGCCAGGACUAUACAGAGAAACCCUGCCUUGAGAAAAUGAGGUGUGUGCGCAAUGACACAAAUAUAAAAUUUAGUGAUAAAAGCAAAGAUUUUUAUGGUCUUGAAAAUAUUGUGCUUCAUUUAAUUUUAAAGACAUUCCCAAGGGCUGAAGAUAAAACUAUAGAAAAACACAACUUAUUAUGUAACAAGUUUCAGGGUUCAAUUUCCAACACAUGAGAGAAUCUAGAGAUAAAGACAAUGUUGCUUCUUCAGAAAAAGGGAAAAGCGAUCGCAAAAACUGAAGGUGAAAAAAAAAAUAAGCUCACCCAGGAUCAGGAUCAUCUUCCAGAAACUUCAGGAACCGAUAUAAAAACAGAGGAAGAUUGUCUCCAGAAUUCUCCUAAGCCUCCACCAACAUCACCCAGCAGUUCCUCAAACAAGGUAUCACUUUCCUAUCCCCAAUGAUUGCCCCUUCCCAAAGACCAUGACUUGGCUCCCCACAAUCUUGGAUAACCUCCUCACUAAUCCCCUACUGCAAAGACUUUCCUCAUUUUGUUAAAUAACACAUUAAGUUAUCUUAUCAUGUAACACAGCCUCGGUUGGUACUGAAAAGGUAAGUAUUUAUGAAAAAAUUUCUGGUGUUGUUAACCAUCUCUCUGCUUUGGGUUCAGAAGUAAGUAUAGGGGACACCAGAGGGUAUUAACCUGCCAUUGCCUAGUUUCUUCUCAGCCUGUUUCCCUUUACUGGUGACCCAUUUUCUGAGGCUAUGUUCCUCAUUAUGUGUUCUACUCAGGAGGUAUUUUGACAUGUGAUAUUUCCCUGUUUGGGAAAUCUUGAUCACUGUCCACUACUGACCAAAUGUUCUAGAACUGUAAUAGUCACUUUUGCUGAGAGUCAGCCUCAAACAGGUUCGAGGUAUAUCGCAAACUCUCCCUGCCAUUCAUCAUUAAAGGAAACAGCUCCCUCUUAACCACCCAAAGAAUUCUUAAUAUAAUUACAAUGAUUAUAACAGUGGCAGUACUUCCCUUACUAAUGUACUAUUUAAUGUUUUCAUCAUUUAUCAGGUGUUUAUUUUGAGACCCUGGUUGCAAUUUAUACAAACCUCAUUUUGAUACAUGUUACAAUUCUAUUUAACAAUCUAUGUGAUCAAUGUUCAAUUCUUUUAUAUGAUAGAGUCCUGUGAUAUACCAUGGAAUAAAGUCCUUGGGCACAUCUAAUUAUCAGUGCUCAUAAAUGAUGACAGAAAUACAAUUAAAAAUGUAUAAAGUCCAAGAAAAUAGGCUACAGUUAAAGGCAGUUAUGGCUUUAGUGGCAUCAGCAACAUAGCAAUGGUUGCAUUUGAGAAAACUUGGACCUUGAAGUAGCAAAAGCACUCAAGGAAACAGUAAAUGUGCGAUUACAUUUCUAUGUAUUUAUUUGCCUACUAGCUUAAUUUCCUGUUUCAUAAACGGUUGGCAAACAUUCAAAUCUAUGAGUCCAUGGGAGAUAUUCUUAUUCAACCCACUGCACAAUACAGUUCAUCUGUUAAGAAUAAGGUAUAUGCACAAUGAAACAAAUACUAUUCAAAUUCAGUAAUAACUAUAAAGCUUCUUGCAGUUUAAAAUAUUGUGCAUUAUUUAACUUAAAAAAUGUCCCCAAGGGCUGAUGAUAAAGCUAUAAAAAUUCACACCUUCGUGUGUGCAAAGCUCAGGGUUCAAUUUCCAACACAUGAGAGAAUCAAGAGAUAAAGACAAUGUUGCUUCUUCAGAAAAAGAGAAAAGAGAUCACAAAAACUGAAGGUGGAAAGAAAAAGAAGCUCACCCAGGAGCAGGCUCAGCUUCCAGAACCUUUAGGAACUGAUAUAAAAAAGGAUGAAGAUUGCCUCCAGACUCCUCCUAAGCCUCCACCAACACCACCCAGCAGUUCCUUAAACAAGAAAAGAAAAAGUAGGAGAGAAGAAGAGACUGGAGUGAAAAAGAGCAAGGCGGCUAAGGAACCAGAUCAGCCUCCCUGUUGUGAAGAACCCACAGCCAGGUGCCAGUCACCAAUACUCCACAGCUCAUCUUCAGCUUCAUCUAACAUUCCUUCAGCUACGAACCAAAAACCACAACCCCAGAACCAGAACAUUCCCAGAGGUGCUGUUCUCCACUCAGAGCCCCUGACAGUGAUGGUGCUCACUGCAACAGACCCGUUUGAAUAUGAAUCACCAGAACAUGAAGUAAAGAACAUGUUUCAUGCUACAGUGGCUACAGUGAGCCAGUAUUUCCAUGUGAAAGUUUUCAACAUCAACUUGAAAGAGAAGUUCACAAAAAAGAAUUUUAUCAUCAUAUCCAAUUACUUUGAGAGCAAAGGCAUCCUGGAGAUCAAUGAGACUUCCUCUGUGUUAAAGGCUGAUCCUGACCAAAUGAUUGAAGUGCCCAACAAUAUUAUCAGAAAUGCAAAUGCCAGUCCUAAGAUCUGUGAUAUUCAAAAGGGUACUUCUGGAGCAGUGUUCUAUGGAGUGUUUACAUUACACAAGAAAAAAGUGAAAACACAGAACACAAGCUAUGAAAUAAAAGAUGGUUCAGGAAGUAUAGAAGUGGAGGGGAGUGGACAAUGGCACAACAUCAACUGUAAGGAAGGAGAUAAGCUCCACCUCUUCUGCUUUCACCUGAAAAGAGAAAGAGGACAACCAAAGUUAGUGUGUGGAGACCACAGUUUCGUCAAGGUCACCAAGGCUGGGAAAAAAAAGGAAGCAUCAACUGUCCUGUCAAGCACAAAAAAUGAAGAAGAAAAUAAUUACCCAAAAGAUGGAAUUAAGGUAGAGAUGCCAGACUAUCACGUCUAAAUGACAGCUUUAGUAGUAUAUCCAAGCAUUUAAUAACCUUCAUACCUGAUUUCUGAUUUUGUAUUUUCAUUUGAAAAAAUUUCUUAUUGUUCUGUUUUUCUAUGAAAAUAAAAUUUGAUUUAAUUUCUCUACUGUAAAAAUAAUAAACAUGUCUUUUUAAAGGGA